CACAGGGAUUCGCUCGGAGACCAUAUCUGUGCCCCAAGAAAUCAGAGCAUUGCAGCUGUGGAACGAGAUAGAGACGCGGCAUCCGGGGUUGGCUGAUGUCAGGAACCAGGUGAUACUGGCUGUGCGUCAGGAAUAUGUCGAGCUUGGAGAUCAGCUCCUUCUGCUUCGAGCAGGAGACGAAGUCGCCAUCAUCCCCCCCAUUAGUGGAGGCUAGUGCUGGGGGGCCCCUGGAGCAUGUGCGGGAAGAUGUGGGUGAAGAUGAAGAGAAACCUAAAGAUAUCAUCAGGUUCACCGCCGAGAAGCUGUCCGUGGAGGAAGUCUUGCAGCUGGUGACGUCCCCGCUCUGCGGCGCAGUGUCCCUGUUUGUGGGGACCACAAGGAAUCACUUUGAAGGGAAAAAAGUCAUUAGCUUGGAGUACGAAGCGUACAUACCGAUGGCGGAGAAUGAAGUCCGGAGGAUUUGUGGGGACGUGAGGCGGAAGUGGCCGGUCAGGCACAUCGCGGUGUUCCACAGACUCGGCCUGGUCCCCGUGUCCGAAGCAAGCGUUGUCAUCGCCGUGUCCUCGGCCCACAGGGCUGCGUCCCUCGGAGCCGUGAGCUACGCCAUCGACGCUCUGAAGGCCAAGGUGCCCGUGUGGAAGAAGGAAAUAUACGAAGAAUCGUCAUCAUCUUGGAAGAGAAACAAAGAAUGCUUUUGGGCAACCAGCGACUAAAUCACUCACGUUGGUGAAGUGGCCGCCUGACCUUGGACCACAUUCUGAUUUUCCUUCUCCAGAGCUCGGGAGAGUUUAGGGUGAGGACUUACGCUGGAGCUAGAGAGAGGGACCGCCUUUAGGGGAAACGGAAGAAUAAUUUAAACGCGAGGAAAGAUGUCAGCGGCAGACAAAUGAACUCAUGACUAAUGAUUGUAACUGGACUCACGAGUCUGUCUCAGAACCCAUCCCCCCAGCCCCCACCCCAUAGCCAGGGUGCCUCUUGGUGCUGGCUGAAGGGCGCACAAAGUCAUUACUGGACAGUCAUGAUAUAUUUUCAGAAUUUAUAUAUUUAAAAAGUAAACCAAAUAAACAUGAUUAAAAACGUUUAUGAGCA